AUGGAAGCUUCGAACAAUGAGCACCAUCUUGAUGAACUUGAAGAGUCUAGCAACCACCCAUGUCAACCAAGCUACCAAAUGAUAGUGGACCAUAGUUAUUUAGAAUUAUCACUCAAUCCUCCUUCUUCUGGCCAGGAUAUAAACGAUGAACCAGAACAAAUGGGAAGAAGUGGUGAUAGGGAAGCAGAAGUUUUGCUGCUUUCUAAUGAAAUGCAAAACCGUAAUGUGAGGGACGCAGCUGUUGCUAUCUCUACACGGAUUCCCCCUGUUCCUGAUCUCAACAUUCAUCCUCUUGAUCUCAACACGCUACCACCGACAGAGGAGAAAGACAGAGAUCAUAUGGCAACCCAUGAGUCAGAAAUACAAAACCCUCGUCCUCAUGUGGGUGAACCUGAUAUAUGUGUCAUAUGCCAGGAUGAAUAUGCAGCUGAGGAACUAGCUGGAGGUCUUCGAUGUGGACAUGAAUAUCAUAUGAAAUGUAUUAAGAAAUGGUUGAGGAGGAUCACUAAAUGUCCAAUUUGUAGAGACACCGCUAUUUUUGUUGAACCUAUUUUUUUCAAUAAACAAGCCUGUAUGCCUUAA